AUCUUUGAGCGUGAGGCUCCUUCCACCUUGACGUCGAGAGGCGAUUAAACUGCGAGAGUGAGAUUCCUCCCCUCCUCCCGGUAAUGGGGUGCAUCUGAUCAGCGCAGACCACGCGCGCUAUAUAAACCGGGCGCGCGCCACGGACGGAUUACAACAAAAAGCUACAGCUCCGUGGUCCUGAUAUCACUCGCAACACACCACCGCUGCUCCUAAACCAAAUGCAACACAACACACACGGCGAAAUGCAGGCCAUUAAGAAGGCAAUCUCUUGGAAACUUUUUAUAAUUUCUUACUUAUUCGUGGAGGGUUCGUGCCAAGACUUUGGUGGUGGACAGACUCAAUUUAUUUGCACGUCGGUGCCCAAAGAUAUGGACAUAUGCGCCGCUACCUUGCAAAACAGUAUGCCUGGAGAGGAUCUGAAGACCACCGUAAUGCAGCUCCGGGAGACCGUCCUACAGCAGAAGGAGACCAUUAUGAACCAAAAAGAGACUAUCAGAGAACUGACUUCCAAGUUAACUCGCUGUGAGGGCCAGAGUGCGCCCGAGCCCGGACCUGGGGGAAGGAGAAAAGAGACCGGGAUCAAAAAUACUAUGGGGGAUGUAUCAAGGGGUCCCUCUGACACUUUGGCGCAACUAUCGCAGACUUUACAGUCUCUAAAGCAGAGAUUAGAAAAUCUCGAGCAAUUCAGUCGGAACAACAACUCGGUCCAGGCGAACAGUCUGAAAGACCUGCUACAGAGUAAAAUCGACGAUUUGGAGAAGCAGGUGUUAUCCCGCGUGAACAGUAUAGAAGAUGGCAAGCCUGGGCUGCGGAACGAGACGGAGCAGCGCGGUAGAGUGGAGUCGACUCUCACAUCCCUGCACCAGAGAAUCACUGACCUCGAGAAAGGUCAGAAAGAAAACAGGCCGCUGGAUAAAUUCCAGUUGACAUUCCCGUUGAGGACCAACUACAUGUAUGCCAAAGUGAAGAAGAGUCUCCCUGAGAUGUACGCAUUCACUGUCUGCAUGUGGCUCAAAUCCAAUGCAUCCCCAGGGGUGGGCACGCCAUUCUCCUACGCAGUGCCAGGGCAGGCCAACGAGCUGGUGCUGAUUGAGUGGGGGAAUAAUCCUAUGGAGAUACUCAUCAAUGACAAGGUAGCUAAAUUACCAUUCAUUAUCAAUGACGGGAAGUGGCAUCACAUCUGUGUCACAUGGACAACUCGAGAUGGAGUAUGGGAGGCUUUCCAAGAUGGAGUCAUGAGGGGCAGUGGAGAAAACCUUGCUCCAUACCAUCCAAUCAAACCACAAGGUGUUCUGAUAUUGGGACAAGAACAGGAUACGCUUGGAGGGGGCUUUGAUGCUACACAAGCUUUUGUUGGAGACCUGGCGAAUUUUCAUAUCUGGGACCGGAAGUUGUCUAUUGGAGAGAUAUACAACCUGGCAACUUGCAGCAGCAAAGCGCAGAUAGGCAACGUGUUUUCGUGGUUGGAGAGCAGCAUUGAUAUUUACGGAGGAGCCUCCAAGUGGACAUUUGAGGCUUGUCGUCAACUGAACUGAACUGCAGGGAAAAGUGAAAAGCCAAUGAGAAAUGCGUGUGUUAAAGCCUCUGUUGAUAAUGCGUCUGAUUUGAUAGAUAAAGAAGCAUUUAUUUCAGUAAAUGACAUCUGGAUUUGUUAUAGAUAUUGAGUACUUUAUGUGUGGACACUUACUAGAUUUCUACCUGUCUAAAAUAAGACUCUGACCUUCUUGUUCAUCUUGGAUAUUUCAAUUGGAUAGUUUUGGCAUCUGGUUGGAUGCUUCAAAGCGCUUCGUUCAACUGGCCGGUUUGUUAUCUCAUGGUCUUCAGAGCAAUUGACACAUACAGGCCAGCAUAUCACCACAACGCAGUGCAGACGCAGACAGCACUCCCCGACAAAGGACCACUUAGAACGUCCACCAUAAGUAGAAUUGGUGACCAUGUAGUUGUCCCCAACGAGGAAAUCAGGGAGGGGACUGGGGAUCUGUCUCCGUCCGUUAGUACAUUAGUGCGUUUGUACAUUAGUCCAACGUGAUAUCACUGGCCCGGUUGUGACAAAACUUGAAUGAUGCGUCUUGCGUUAGAUAUCUGGCAUUUACAAAAUUACACUGAUUGGCCAGAUGAUGGAGCUAUAACAAGAGAUGUUAAAUAUUUAAAAUACAAACUUUGAAAGGUCACACCCAUUACCCCGUUUGACCUAAAGUCAUGAAAUUCGGUGCAUAUGUCCCUCUGCUAAAAAAUAAACACAUUUGCCUCAGGGACCAAUAAGCUUCACCAUUCUGGAUUUCCGUUUAUUUAGAAUUUGGUGAAAAACACUGAAAAGCUACUCUUCUGGCACCGAAUGAACAAUCUGCAUGAAACUUGAUAUUUGGCAUCUAUGACAAUAUUUUCCAGACUAGUACCUAAAACAACAUGGCCACUAUUGACCAAUAAAUAUUCACUUGGGCUUGGUUGGGCAAAAAUUAGUCAAGGAUAUUUGUAUUGUAACAAACGUUGUCAAGACUCAACAUAUGACUCAGAGUGAUGAGUCUAGCUAACCCACAAGAUAUCUCAGACACCACUGGCCCGAUUUUGGGUGAAUGAUGCCUCUUGCCAUAGAGAUCCAACAUUCACAAAAUUACACUUAUUGGCCCAGGGGGGGAUGCUAUAGUAAUCAACUGUAUGUACAUUAGUCACACAUGAUAUCUCAGACACCACUGGCCCGAUUUUAACGAAACUUGGGUGAAUGAUGCGUCUUGCCAUAGAAAUCAGUCUUUUGCAAAAUUAUACUGAUUGGCCCAAGGGGGGUGCUGCAUCAUUUGUGGGUGACGACAUGCUUACUGUUGCCUUGUUUUUAUUGGACUGGGGACACGCAUUUCAACCAAUCAUGCGAUUUUGUUUAUAUUCCCAGUGCCUGGGAUUUUCACUGUGAACGACGGGUAGACUUGAAAAGGAAUGUAUACUUACACGGUUAUGAAACAGGCACAGCUUUCUGCUCUAUCGCUAUCGUUUCUCGAUCACCACCUGCUUGACGCAAUUUUGUGUAAAGAAUCUUUUUUGCCAACAUACAAGCCUGGGUGCCUUGGGAUGUUGAAAUAACUCACAUUCAUUAUGAUUUGCAAAGUAUUUUGUGUCGUAUUUAUUUUCCUGUAGGCCUACAACGAGAUUUAUUUCCAAAAGAGAUGUUUAUUAUCAUAACACAUUGCGUUGGAUAAUAAGAUGAUUAUUGUACUUAAAAGCAAUUCAUUGAGGUGUUUGUACUUUAAUGGGAAUGUUAUCUGUACAGUAACAGCAUGACUUAACUAAUUGCUGCAGCAGCAUCAACAAAAUCUGCUUUUACUAUCCUCCUUUUGGGUUGAGAUUUUAUACUGUAUUGUUAUAUGCUCAAAGCAUGGCAACACUGAAAUAUGAAAAAGUUCUAAUUUUUUAAAUAAAAUUGUGAUACCUGAAUCUA